AUGAGCGCUUCACCGUUUGGUUAUUUUAUCUUUUUGCCCUCCGAAAUACGCUUACUCAUCUGGGAGAAUCUUGUUAAGGAGGGCUCCCUUGCGAUCCUUCGAACCAGUCAGGCAAUCUAUCAUGAUAUAGCCGACCGUCUUUACGAUACAUUUGACAUCCAUCUUUCCACAAUUUUCGAAGAUCCGUGGAUCGAAAUUCGCUGUAAACUACUACGUGUGAACUGGGUGAUCGGAAGACGAGAUUAUAACAAAUUUAGUAAUCUGGCAAGGGUACCGUACGACAAGGUUAAACUUGUUGUUCACAUAUAUGCGCCUGAUCCUGACGACAGCGGCCAAAUGAUCUUGCUCUGGGAGAAAAUAUCGAAACUAACUCAAAUGCUGUGCACUAUCGACGACUCGAGAAACUACCGUGAUCGAGGAAAUCCACACUACAAAUAUUGGAGUGAGCCGAUGUACGAGGGAUCAUAUCAGUUUGGAUCUACUCCAGAGGCUGUUAUAUCUAUGGUGAUUCGCCUACGCAAGUACAACGACGUGGACUGGAUCAGGAACGGCCAAGUUAACUCAACUUUUUGCAAUAACGGACUUGGAUACGACUUCAACGAAGUUUUAUUGCCAUUUUGUCGUCUAUCCCGCGUUAGAGGGUUUGGGAUCAUUUCAGACACAGAAGAAAUGGCUGUAGCAGCCGACUGGGCAUUUGCCAACUAUGCAACUGCGUUUGUCAUGACAGAAGGUUUUGUCACCUUCAAUAACGCGGUCUACAGUCAGAAUCCCGAAUACGGUGAUAUAGUCCGUACCUUCGAUGGUAUAGCGGGCCUGCUGAACCACAGAGACGACUUUUUCAGUCUCUGGGUGGAUUAUCGGUUCCUUCAGGUUCCCGGGCGUACUUUAUCACUCAUGCGCCAUGAGCAGCAGACUUACCUUGUCGACGCAAUGAUGCAUAGGGCAUGA